GGAGGACACACACACACACACACACACACACACACACACAAACACACAUAAUACACACCACUCUCCCCCCCCCCGCAAACGAUGGGUCAAACGACUGACUGUUAAGGGAGAAAUCGGUACUUCCGGCCGGUCGCCCGGGUAACAGACGAAGACUUCUGGCCCGCGGAGUGACCUCCCCCCCCCCCGCCAUUGCAGAGUUGCCCUCGUCGCCCCCCAAGAUGCCCCCGAAGGCGGCACAGCACAGACAGAGUUUUUCUGGAGCAACGGGAAAGAGUUCCCGAAAAAGGGAUGAUGAUGCCGGGACAGAAAUAGGCGAAGGGGCGGAGGAGUGGACCCAGGCCAGAACGCUGCUCAAACCCCUGGACCAAUUGGAAUUGACUGACGCUGAAUUAAAAGAAGAAUUCACCCGAAUCUUGACAGCAAAUAACCCACAUGCCCCUCAGAACAUCGUGAGGUACAACUUCAAAGAACGGACUUAUAAACCUAUAAGCAGCGUGGACCACAUGGCAAUUCACUUCAGUCUGGAUGGCAACAUGGUCCUCAGGGACUCAGAUGAAGGCAGGCGGCAGAGUGUCAGAUUGGAAAUGCUAGAAGGUGUAUCCCGCGAGUCGGCGGUCGUGCCAAUGGUGGAAACAAUUGAAGAGGGUGAAGAACCCAAAGAAGAAGGAAGCAAGACUGACUUGCCGGUGGCAGAAGAAGCGGCAGAAGUGGAAGAGCCAGCUCCUAAACUGAUCAAGGAGCAGAAGCUCACCAACCAGUUCAACUUCUGCGAAAGAGCCUCUCAGACGUUCAACAACCCCUUACGAGACCGAGCCUGCCAAAUGGAGCCACCCCCAAGAGACACCUUCUCUGCUAUGGCCAAUCAGUGGGAGAUGUAUGACGCCUACGUGGAGGAGCUGCAGAAGCAGGAAAAGACAAAGGAGAAGGAGAAGGUGAAGGCUCCGGUGGCGAAGCAAGCAGGGAAAAUCGCACGGAGGAAGUCGAAGUCCCUGGAGCCCCAGAGUGAAGAUAUAACCAAGGUGACCCAGGCAGCCAAAAUAGUAGAACGGAUGGUCAAUCAGAACACGUUUGAUGACAUCGCCCACGAUUUCAAAUAUUUCGAGGAUGCCGCCGAUGAAUACCGAGACCACGAAGGCACUCUGCUGCCCUUGUGGAAGUUCCAGUACGACAAAGCCAAGAGGCUGGCAGUGACCGCCCUCUGCUGGAACCCGAAGUACAAGGAUCUGUUUGCAGUGGGACACGGCUCCUAUGAUUUCAUGAAGCAGAACCGGGGGAUGAUCCUGCUGUACACGCUGAAGAACCCGUCCUUCCCCGAGUUCAUCUUCGGCUGCGAGAGCGGCGUCAUGUGCCUGGACAUGCACGUCGACCACCCCUAUCUGAUCGUGGUGGGCCACUACGAUGGCAACGUGGCCAUCUACAACCUGAAGAAGCCUCUCGCGCAGCCUGCCUACAAGAGCUCAGCCAAGUCCGGCAAGCACUCGGAUCCCGUGUGGCAGGUCAAGUGGCAGAAGGAUGAUAUCGAUCACAACCUGAACUUCUUCUCCAUCUCAUCGGAUGGGAGGAUCGUGUCUUGGACCCUGGUGAAGAACGAGCUGCUUCACUCCGAUGUCAUCAAGCUGUCCAUCGAGGGAGUGGCGUCUGAGACAACCAACGAGGUGCAGCUACACAAUAUUGGAUGCGGGACAUCCUUUGAUUUCCACAAGGAGAUUGAUUAUUUGUUUCUUGUUGGCACCGAAGAAGGCAAAAUAUACAAGUGCUCAAAAUCCUACUCCAACCAGUACCUGGACACCUAUGAUGCGCACAACAUGGCCGUGGAUGCCGUCAGCUGGAACCCAUACCAUCCCAAGGUCUUCAUCUCCUGCAGCUCCGACUGGACAGUCAAAAUCUGGGACCACACUAUAAAGUCUCCAAUGUUCAUCUUUGACUUGAACUCAGCGGUGGGAGACGUGGCCUGGGCCCCUUACUCCUCCACCGUGUUUGCGGCAGUCACCACCGACGGGAAGACCCAUGUGUUCGAUCUGGCUGUCAACAAGUAUGAAGCCAUCUGCAAUCAGCCAGUGGUGGCCAAGAAGAAAAAUAAAAUCACCCAUGUCAAGUUCAACCCUAUCUACCCCAUCCUCAUCGUUGGGGACGACCGGGGUCAUGUGACUUCUUUGAAACUCUCACCCAACCUGCGCAAGAUGCCCAAGGAGAAGAAAGGGCAGGAGUUGCAGAGAGGGCCCGCAGUGGAGAUCACCAAGCUGGACAAACUGCUGAACCUGGUGAGGGAGCCGGAGCCGGCUCCCAGACCCCAGCCCUAAGCCUCAGCCCUCGGGGCAGGCCCAGCUGCAGGCUCCUCCGGCGCUGACAGACAGAAGCUGCCCGACUGCUGAGCUCACAGGGCCUCAGUGAAGGAGGAGCCCGGCCUGCCCAGCCUCAGAGCUACUGUGACUGCGCACAUGGGGGUUAGAAACACAGCCUGGGAAAUGAGACAGGCACAAGGGCAGCCUCUCUUGCUAGUAACUGCUCCAACUUCUGGCACCCCCCUCUGGCCCUCCCUACCCAGCACGCGCGCACACACACACACACACACACACACACACACACACACACACACACACACACACACACACACACACACACACACACACACACACACACACACACACACACACACACACACACACAGAGUCUGGGGCCCCCUCCUCACAGAUUUCUAACUGGAUUCACACUUAGGAUGAGGACGAGAGUGUUUGAAAUAGACGUGGUUUGUCUGAGA